UUAUAUACAAUCAAAAGUAGAUUUCCUUCUCAGGACUGACCUCUGUACCCCAUUUCCUUGCCCUGAAGCAACUUAUUAAUUUCUUAUAUAUCCUUACAGAAAUGUUUUAAUAAUACAUUUUGUAUAUAUAUUUGACAUUUUCUUCUUAUAAAAUAGAUGCAUAUUAUGUUGUAUGAUGUGUAUGUAAUGUUCUUCACCUUGAUUUUUUAAAUAAACUUUAAAAUUGCUAAGCAUCACAAACCAGAGAGAUCCAGAGCUGGGAUUAAAUUUACAUCACUCUGACUUCAACUUUAGUGCUGUAUUCUAUACAAUGCUCCUUCCUCUAGCAUUGAAUGUAGUUCUCCUUUUUUGAACUUCAUCCUGUUGACAUCUGAAAUUUAUUAUGGUACCAAAAGACAAUAGAUUCAAGAAAGGUCAGGUCCCCACAAGGAAGGGAAGGAAGAGAAGCUAAGGUGAGCCCAGUAACACCUUGGGGAAAAUACAAGUGCCAGCUCUUCAACUGGCCCCAGGAUAAAAGAAGCACUGCUGGGAAUAACUCUCCUAAUUUGUCAGGACUGGAAGUAUGGCCAGCCUAUGUAGCCUACUCAUACCUGAAAGAAAGCAGCAGUGACUUGGUUUCAGGUCUAGCCAUUCAGUUUAUCCAGAACAGUUAGGAAGAUUUCCUUGGUAUCCUCUUCUGGUUCUUCUGACAACAGAAUUGGAGCUCUUCAAAUACUCAAGGACAUGCAUGAAACACUGGUCAGGCAAAGCCGAACAAGGAUCUGCCUGUUGGGUAUGGACAAUGAAAGGCCCUUCCUCUUCUGAGAACCUGACAUUGCCUCUUUCCCUGAUACUAUGGAGGAAUCUGAAUGACAAAUCUGGAACGUGACUUUCCUAAUCAAGAAUCUCUUUCCAUGACCCCAGCUGAAGACUCAUUCUUAUCAUUAUGGUUGGAGGAAACUGGACAGAAGUAACUGAGUUUAUUCUCAUGGGUUUCUCUUUCCUACCUACUGAAAUACAGUUGUUACUCUUCUUGACAUUUCUAAUCAUCUACCUGGCCACUCUGAUAGGAAACAGCCUCAUCAUUCUGGUUACCUUGGCUGACCCCAUGCUGCACAGUCCCAUGUACUUCUUCCUCAGGAACUUGUCCUUCUUGGAGAUUGGCUUCAACCUAGUCAUUGUGCCCAAAAUGCUGGGAACGCUGCUUGCCUGGGACACAACCAUUUCCUUCUCUGGGUGUGCCACACAGAUGUAUUUCUUGUUCUUCUUUGGGGUUGCUGAGUGCUUCCUCCUGGCCACCAUGGCAUAUGACCGCUUUGUAGCCAUCUGCACUCCCUUGCACUACCCAGUCAUCAUGAACCAAAGGACAUGUGCCAAACUGGCUGUUGCCUCCUGGUUUCCCGGCUUUCCCAUAGCUACUGUGCAAACCACAUGGCUCUUCAGCUUUCCAUUCUGUGACACCAACAAGGUGAACCACUUCUUCUGUGACAGCCCACCUGUGCUGAGGCUGGUCUGUGGGGACACAACACUAUUUGAGAUCUAUGCAAUCGUUGGGACCAUCCUGAUCGUCAUGAUACCCUGCUUACUGAUUCUGUGUUCAUAUUUUCACAUUGCUGCUGCCAUCCUCAAGGUUCCAUCAGUUAAAGGGAAGCAUAAAGCCUUUUCUACCUGUUCCUCUCACCUCCUUGUUGUCUCCCUUUUCUAUGUAUCUUUAAGCCUCACCUACUUCCGGCCUAAGUCCAAUAAUUCUCCUGAGAGCAAAACAGUGCUAUCAUUGUCCUAUACUAUUGUGACUCCCAUGUUGAACCCCAUCAUCUACAGCCUGAGAAAUAAUGAGGUGAAGAAUGCCCUCAGCAGGACCUUGCACAAGGCCCUAGGUCUUAGAAGCUAUAUCUCAUAGACAUUAAGAGAUAAGACCAAAGUUUACUGAAUGGGGAACAAUCCAUUUUAUAUUUGGGAUUCCUCUCUGCCUCUCCUCAUAUCUUCAUUGGGAUGAAAUCCAGCUAUUGAAAUGACUGUUAGAGAGCUCAGUAGACAGAAAACAGCACAGAGGUACAUUAGACCUAUUAUUACCACCUGGCAAAUGCCUCUGCCUGCCCAUUGUAGAUUUACAUUGUUUUCCCAUUGGUACUUCAAUACUUCUGUGACCAAGUAAUACCAGAUAUUCACAUUCCUGUGUCUAUAUUGUGAACAGUAUGAAACUGCUUGUAAUCUUAAACUUAGAGACACACAUAGUUGAAGAGGGCAAAACUAAUAAAAAAUAAUGUUGUCCUUAUCUGUUCCUUUGGGAAAAUAUGACUCUAUUUACCAGAUAGAAAACCUCAUGAUUUGUCCCAAUGCCUAAUUUUCCUCACUGUCUUAUUUCAGUUCUCAUGCCCUUUCGGUAAUGUUUGAAUGCAACUGGUAUGUGGUGUGGGUAUAGGAAAGUGGAACAAUAAUCACCAUGCACACAUCUUUGUAACCCAAAUAAUCAUUUUCUUCCUCACUCUAGUUUUCUUAGGAAGAAUGACUUAAGCUUCUAUAUUUACAUUUGUAUGAUUUGUUGAAGAGACAUCAUAAAUUUUAAUCAUGAUGCUGCUUUCAUAAAGCUUAAAAUGGAUACACACUGAUUCAAACAUAGCUCUUCUUUAAUGACAAAAAUAUUUCUCAUUCUUUUUAUAACUUCAUAAUACUCUGCUUUGUAGAUAUACCAUAGUUAUUUGAGUCUUUUUAUGAUUACAAACCAUGCUGUAAAGAAUAACUUUUUGAAAUAUGUCUUUUUAUAUUUUUGCCAGUACAUCUGACAGAUGGAUAUUUAGAAAUUAGAUUUAUUGUGUAAAGAGUAAAUACAUAUGUAAUGUUGCUAUAUAUGGGCAAAUUCCCUCUCAAAGUGAUUUUACCAUUUUACAAUCCCACCAGCUUAUUUUCUAACAGCUCUGUCAAUAACUGUCAUGAUAUUGUAGUGUUUAUCUUCAGGUAACCAUUAUUUUACUUAAUAAUGGCCCAAAGCACAAGAGUAGUGAUACUGGCAAUUUAGGUGUGCCAAAUAGAAGCCAUAAGUGUAUGUUUGUGUAUAUAUACAUACAUUAGUAUAUGUACUGUUUGUUACUAUCCAUAGUUUCCAGCGUCCACUGGAGGUGUUGGUAUGUGUCCCCCAUGGAUAAGAGGGGACUACUAUAAUUUAAACAGAGAAAUAUUCAAAUUCAUAUCCUAAGGAUAUUUAUUAAUUAUCAGAAACAAAGUCAAACAUGACUGUGAAAUCAAUAUUUUCAUAUUUAAUUCAUCAUUUUCAAGCUAUCUUUAUUCUUCAUAAUAGUAUCUGAAUAACACAUCAUUAUAUAGAGCAGUGAUCAUUCUUUUUCUUCAUCUCCCACUUUUACAGGGGAUCCCUUUGGGAUUGCUGGGAUAUACAUGCAGGCACCAUGCUAGAUACUAAGCAAUCAAUAAUGAAUAAGUCAGAUAUGGUCACUGCUUUCAGUAAGAAAUGUGCAAUCAAACAUCCAUUUCAGAAGAACUGUAAGAAAUGUUCAGGUAUGCAUCAGAGGUUUUGUAUGAAGUCCUAGUCAGCUGGGAGAAAUUUUAUGUCAAACGUGGACUUUGUUUUACUCUCUCAACUUCAAUUCCUACUCCAGAAGGGUUAGGAUUUCAAAACUGUUAGUCAGACUUUCUUCUCCUUGUCUUAAUCAGGAGUAAAUAGCUUCCGCAACCAACAACACUCCCAACUAAGUGCUUACAGUUUUCAUUAAUAUUCUCCACUUGGCUUAGAUAAUGAUUAAUGGGUUCUCCUUCCCAUGCCUGAAGACUUCUUUUGAGUCCAGGUGAGAAACACCCCUGAGGACCAGCUCAAUGAAAGGAGAUAUAAAGAAUACUGACAUGAAGGAAAUGAAAUCACUAACACAGAUCUCUUCACAUCGAAUCAUUAUUCAUGAUAGCCAAGACAUGGAAACAAC